AUCUCAUCUAAUUCAAGCGUUCUUUCAAAACUCUUUCUCGGCUCGGUCUCACAUCUUCACUGGUGAUCCCCCAACAACCAUGUCGCUCAUCCCAAGCUGGUUCGGUGGUCGUCGCAGCGACGCCUUCGACCCUUUCUCUCUCGACCUCUGGGACCCCUUCAAGGACUUCCCUUUCCCUUCCUCAUCCCUCUCCGCCUCCAAUUUUCCUCAGACUUUCCGGGACAACACCGCUUUCGCGAACACGAGGAUCGACUGGAAGGAGACCCCGGAAGCCCACGUGAUCAACGCUGAUCUAUCCGGGCUCAAGAAAGAGGAGGUGAAAGUCGAGAUCGAGGACGAUCAGGUGCUCCAGAUUAGUGGAGAGAGGAACGUGGAGAAGGAGGACAGGAACGACACGUGGCACCGGGUGGAGCGAAGCAGCGGGAAGUUCAUGAGGAGGUUCAGGUUGCCCGAGAAUGCGAAGAUGGAUCAGGUCAGGGCUUCGAUGGAGAACGGAGUGCUCACCGUCACUGUUCCCAAGGUGGAGGAGAGGACGCCUGAGGUCAAGGCCAUUGAGAUCUCUGGUUGAGUCUGUGAUGGUGAA